AUGGCGUGGAAGUUGAUGACAGUUUCGUCCUAUUCAACGCGUCGCGAUUGGUCCGUUCGCGCUGCUGACUACGUGUCGCCGGGCUACGAGUAUGAGCAGGAGAUUGAUCCCCAGGAGGCCGCCAGGCGUGAGCAGGCUUCGAAGCGGGUGGAGCGGACGUCCAAAUACUUCCGCCAGUUGGGAAUCAUCGGAUUCUGGGGCCAGCUGGUCUGCUCUGUUGUCGCCUCCGUGAUUCUCACCUUCUCCAUUGUCAUCUCUGGUCGGCCUACAGCUCCAGUUUCCACGUAUCUCACGUCGGCUGGAAUCGUGGCCGCAUUUCUGUCUGUCUUCUGGUCAUUUGGGUACCUCAGGCUAGCCGAUCGGCUACGCAAUGCCAUUGAAAACCCCAUGAAGGCCCCUCCUCGCUCUUCAGUGGUGGCGAAUCUCAAGAAUGGCCUCAUUAUCAACUUGCUUGGCCUAGGAGCCACUCUCCUCGGCCUCCAGGCCACUGUUGGAGUGCUCGUUGCCAAAGCCCUUACUUCCUCCACUCCCAUCUAUGGUGCUGUUGGCCUUCCCACCGGCUACAACCCUGUUCUGGCCCUCGACGUCUUCCUUGUUCAGGCGUCUGGCAACACUGCUCUUUCUCACUUUCUUGGACUUGUUCUGACCCUGGAGUUGCUGCGCGCAACAACACUUUCACAGCCUCCUCCUGAGAAUGUCAUCCCACAAGCGUCAUGA